UUCUCGGCCUUUUGGCUAAGAUCAAGUGUAGUAUCUGUUCUUAUCAGUUUAAUAUCUGAUAUGUGGGCCAUGUGUCCACUUCGAUAUUAAAUUUAUUUUUUGUGGGGGAGGGUCCACCACAGUGGCUUGCCACUUGGGCCCUCGCGUGUCGCCCAGGCGUUGCACUACAGCCUGGGCCUGGCGCACCCCAACCAAAUCAAAUUUAAAUAUUCUAUCGUUCCAUACAAAUUCAGUCUGAAUUCAUAAAAGAAAUCAACAUUAGAACGACCUCUAAAAUUAAAAAACAAUAUUAUAGCUGUUACUAAAAUAAAUGGAACAAAAUUUUAAAUAUUUGGUGGUUAGGAAUUAGUUUCAGCUACUUUACCAAAUUGAACAGAAUUUUUCUUCUGAUGUGGUAUUACUCGUUGUUAUUAAAAAUAAAAUGGAAUUUCAACUAGUAAAUUUUCUGAUGUGGUAGUACUCGUUGUUAUUAAAAAUAUAAAAUGGAAUUUCAACUAAUAAAUUUGGUAGUUUGGAAGUUAAUUAUGCUACUUUACCAAUUUUAACAGAAAUUUUCUCCUGGUGUGCUAUUACUGUUUUGCCCUUGCAAUGGGAGAAAUUUGAGAGGAAUAUGCCGGCGACCACCAUCUUGCGUCGGAAGCAAAGAGAGGUAAAACCUCUCGACCCGUCUCCCCCAAAAACCCACGGGCGCCGCCGCUCCUCCGAGGCGGAGCCAAACGCUCGCUCGCUCGCCUUGCUGCGCACUAGCUGACCAAUCCCGUCUCCUUCUCCGAUCCGGCGCGCCGCCGCCGCCGCCGCCGCUUUGAGGUGACAACGAUGAGGCGCGCCCCGCGUCUCCACGCGCUCCCCUCCCGCGCGCUCGCGUUCGGCGGCCUCCCCCCUCCACCGCUGCCCCGCGCGCAGCUUCAGGGGAUCACUGAGCCGGGUGCCGCAUCUCGGCUCGGGGCCGCGUUCCUAGCCCGCGCGCUCGCCACCACCGGCCUUCCUGCUCCGCGGCGUCCUCGCGCGCUGCAGGUUCAGCGGAUCACUGAGCCGGGGGCUGCAUCUCGGUUCGGGGCUGCGUUCCUGGCGCGCGGGGGCUUCUCCACCGAUGCCUCGGCCGCGGCGCAGGACAGCGCGAAGCCUGCCGCGGCGACCGGCGGGGAAGGGGGUGAUGGGAAGUCAGGGAAAUCUGAGCAAGGGGACGCUGGAAAAUCAGUGCGAGGAGGGCCGGUGUCGUGGUUGAGCUUUCUCCUGCUUCUCGUGACUGGAGGAGGGAUAAUUGUGUACUACGACAAGGAAAAAAAGCGUCACAUUGAAGAAUUGAAGAAUAGAACAAGUGCUGUCAAGCAAGAACCAUCAGUAGGCACUGCAGCCAUCGGUGGUCCAUUCAAUCUUUUGAACCAUGAUGGGAAACCUGUCACGCAAAAGGAUUUCUUUGGCAAGUGGACUCUGCUAUAUUUUGGCUUCACACACUGCCCUGACAUUUGUCCAGAUGAACUUCAAAAGAUGGCUUUGGCAAUUGAUAAAAUAAAGGAAAAGGCAAAAAUGGAAGUUGUGCCAGUUUUCAUCACAGUUGAUCCUGAGAGAGAUACUGUAGAGCAAGUUCGUGACUAUGUUAAUGAGUUUCAUCCAAAUCUAAUAGGACUAACUGGCACAACUGAUGAGAUAAGAAAGGUUGCUCGUGCUUAUCGAGUUUACUAUAUGAAGACAGAGGAGGAGGGUUCUGAUUAUCUCGUUGAUCACUCAAUUGUCAUGUACUUGAUGAAUCCAAAGAUGGAGUUUGUUAAAUUUUACGGCAAGAACUACGAUGCAGAUUCUCUUGCUGAUGGCAUCAUCAAAGAACUUAAAGGGCACCAAUAAAGAUAGCUGACCCACAAUUAAUCUGGCAAACUAUUUUCCGAAUCUCUCCAAAAGAUUUCAUCUAUGUACACAAUUGCAAACAAUGGGUGGCGCUCAAGGUCAACCCGUAGUUCGUAGCUGUUUUUUCUGCUCAUAUCAUUCAUAAAAAUUAGGAUAUUCAAAUUUUGAGGCCUUCGACCUCAUCAGAUUUUGGUGAACCAUGUUAAACUUUGAGGCAAAAACUCUACACAUUUCAUAAAUAAUACUCCAUAUAUCAGAACUCAAUUAUGCAGCA